AUAAAAUAAGUGCCAAAAUAAAACCAUAGAAAAAGACCACCAUUGACUUGAGAUUCAUAAUACAAGUUACGAUAUAUAGAGUUGGAGAUCAAUUAUGUCUAUAAUAAUAUACCGAGAAAGAUCUUCUAAAAAAAAGUUCUCUAACCAUAAACUAUUACUUAUAGUUUCAACAAAACCAGUAGUCUUGGGAUAUUGAGAUUAGUAUAGUGAUUAUGGUGUCAUUGCUCUUCGACUUGGCAGAGACACUGAUAGCAAAGGUUGCUUCUCGGGCAUGUGAAGAAGCAUUUCAGGUGCUGUGUGUAUAUUCUGAUAUUCUACGGUUCACACAGACUAUUUCAUACAUCAAAUCUGUGCUGAUGGAUGCUGAACAAAAGCCGAAAAAUUUCGAGCAGGAGAAUUGGCUGUGGCAGGUAGCAAACGUCCUCAUAGAUGCGGAAAAUUUGCUUGAUGAAGUUGAGUUUCAAAACCUAAGAAAGAAAGCGAUCAAAGCUAAUGUUAGCAUGAUGAUAACCAAGGUAUAUCUAUACCACUUAUUCUCAUGUUCUAAUCCAAUUGCUUUUCGAUUUAGAGUGGCUCGAAAAAUUAAUGAAAUCAACAGGCGGUUAGACAACAUUGCAGCUAAUAGGAAUAAGUUUGGUUUUCAGACAAUUGAAACUCACAAUGACACACGUAUAGCGCACAGGGGAGAAAUGACAUACUCCCGUGUGAUUAAUUCAGAAGUGAUUGGAAGAGAACAUGAUAAAGAAAAGAUUGUCAAGCUUUUGGCUCAACAUGACAAUAAUGAUAAAAAUCUCUCUGUUAUUCCCAUUGCGGGGCUUGGCGGGGUUGGAAAGACCACUCUUGCAAAGUUUGUGUUUAAUGAUGACAAGAUAAGUGAGUGUUUCUCAUCCAAGAUGUGGGUGUGUGUUUCAGGAAGCUUUGACAUUAAAGAAGUGAUUAUUAAGAUCAUCAAUUCUGCUAAUGACUCUGCUAAAGUGGAUGUUCCUGCUUACCAACAAAAUUAUAGAGAUUUAGAUAUCGAGCAACUGCAAAAUCAUCUUACAAACAAACUUAAUGGUCAAAAGUUUCUACUUGUCCUAGACGACGUGUGGAAUGAAGAUCGUGUUCAAUGGACCGAGGUGAGGGAUUUACUACAAGUGGGUGCUCUAGGAAGUAAAAUCUUAAUUACUACACGCAGUCACUCGAUUGCUUCCAUGAUGGGAACCGUUUCCUCGCAUAGUUUAGAAGGUCUUUCUCUUGAAGAUUCAUUGUCUAUAUUUGUCAAAUGGGCCUUUAAAGAAGGAGAAGCAAUGAGGUAUCCACAUUUGGUAAAUAUUGGAAGGGAAAUUGUGAAAAAAUGUGGUGGGAUUCCCUUGGCAGUGAGAACAGUAGGAAGUUUACUUUUUUCAAAAUAUGAGACAGCCGAGUAUUGGGAAAAUGUGAGAGACAACGAAAUUUGGAAUUCACCAGAUACAGUUGGGAUUUUACCAUCACUUAAGUUAAGCUAUGAUCAAAUGCCAUCUGCUCUGAAGAAAUGCUUUGCUUUGUUCUCCAUUUACCCAUAUGGUCAUGCAUUUGAUAGUUUUCAUGUAACAUCACUAUGGAGAGCACUUGGUUAUCUUCCAGCUCCAAACAGAAAUCAAAAUCAAACAUUGAAAUAUAGUGCCAACCAAUAUUUGUUUGAACUGUUGUCAAUAUCUUUUCUUCAAGAUUUUGUCGACUAUGGAAUUGGUUUCACUUUCAAAAUGCAUGAUUUGGUGCAUGAUUUGGCAAAGUAUGUUGCAAGGAAGGACUUUGUGUCAGCUAAUCCCUAUUUCAAGCAUUGGUCUUGGACUGAAAACACAGGGUUUCAAAAAAAUCCCUUCCAAAAUUUAAAAUUUGCAAAGAGCAUACUAUUUCCUAUUGCUGAAGUUGGACCAAACAGUAAAGCUCUCUUGAAUAGACGCAUAUCAACAUGUAAACACCUACGGUUUUUUGAUUUAAGCUAUUCUACGUAUGAGACCUUGCCUUGGGCCAUUGGGAAGCUGGUGCUUUUAAGAUAUCUCAGUCUUGAGAAUAAUAAAAAGAUUAAGAGACUUCCAGAUUCUAUUUGCAGCCUCCAGAGCUUAGAAAUAUUGAUACUUAGUGGCUGCACAGAACUUGAGACACUUCCUAAAGGCUUAGAAAACUUGAUCAAUCUCCAACAUUUGGAGAUAACAACAAAGCAGCAUGUUUUGCCAGAGGAUGAGAUUGCAAACUUGAGGUCUCUUCACACUCUCAGAAUCGAGUUUUGCAGCAAUCUAGAGUCAUUAUUUGCAAGGAUAAAACUCUCAACUCUCAAAGUAUUGUGUAUUGCUAAUUGUAGUGCUCUAAAGUCUUUGCCACUUGAUAUUGAACAUUUUCCUGCAUUAGAGACAUUGCUAGUGGACAACUGUGACAUGUUGGAACUUUCAGAGGGACAUGAGGAACAAAACUCCAGCUUGAGAUUGAAGGUUCUAGUUAUUGUUUCUAUGCUGCAGUUGGUGAUCUUUCCUCAUUGGCUUCAAGGGUCCUUGAAUACAUUACAAUACUUGUCAAUUUCAAGCUGCAACAAUCUUGUGGCACUUCCACAGUGGCUGUCAGAUAUGAACAGCCUGAAAACACUAUAUAUCAUAGGCUGUCCUAAUAUAAUGUCUCUCCCUAAUGACUUUCAUCGCCUCGUCAACCUUGAACGAGUAGAAAUCGAUGGUCAUCUUGAAUUGCUUAUAAAACCUCAGCUGGAAAUUGGAGAGUCAUCUCGCCCACACAAUGCCGCAGAUGAACCAGACGAAGUGGUAGAAGAAUUGGAAUAAGAGCAUAUAAGGCUUGGGUGUACAAUUGGAGCAAGGAAUGGUUAUAUCCCUAUUUGAAGAGAAGGGGGCAGUUAAAUAAAAAGCGUGCAAUAGAAGAUUAAAUGAUUAUCCGCAAAAGCACCUCUUUUAAUAUUUUUUGGUGAUGGAAACUUGUGCAAUUCUCUUUGUAAUUCUAUGACUGGAACCUUUUCAGCCUAAGUAUGUGAUUUAGUGUGUAUUGUUUGUUAAGUUAAUAGUAAGAUGCAUGAAAUCAAUGUAGUGAUUAAUUAGGUUGUUGUUUCAGUUUGCAAAAUGUUAUACAGUGAUCAGAAAUCAAGAAUCUGAAUGUGUUUGUAAUACAAAGUACUGGUUUUUCUAAAGCAGUAAGGCUUCUUAGGUACUUUUUUAUUUAUUUAUUCAGAUCUUGAUACAUCUUUAUCAUACUGGGAUGAAUACUUAGUUUGCUUUUAUGAACUUCUUCUAGGAUGGAUCUUCGCAACUCUAUAUCAUCCGAAACACAAACUCUUCCAUGGCAUCCUAAAAUAUUAUCUAAGCCCAACUUAUAUUUAGGAGUCUUUCCUGCUCCUACCAGUUUCUUCUUCUUUUUGCAUUAUUUCAUCAAUCUGUUGGAGGGUCUUGAUCUCGCUCAUCAACUCAUUUUGAAC